AUGUGUACACCUGACGAAGCAGUUCAACAUACUAUGUAUGCUAAUCGAUAUCAACAGAUAAAAAAGCUUGGUCAAGGAAGUUUUGGUACAGCUUAUUUAGUGCAUGAUACAAAAUCUAAACAUGAAAAAAAAGUUUUAAAAGCUAUUUUCAUUGAAGAUGUUUCUCCAAAUGAAUCAUUAGAUGCUGAACAUGAAGCAUCAAUUUUAGCACGACUUCGUCAUCCAAAUAUUGUUCGAUUUUAUGAUAGUUUUAUGGAUGCAAAUCAUUUUUGUAUUGUAACAGAAUAUUGUGAAGAUGGUGAUCUUGAUCAAUAUUUAAAAUCUUUACGUAAACAACGUAGUCGUUUACAAAUGGAUCAAGUUAUUGAUUUAUUUAUUCAACUUGUAUCUGCAAUUAAUUUUUUACAUUCAAAAAAAAUUCUUCAUCGUGAUAUAAAAACGAGUAAUAUUUUUUUAAAACGAAAUCAUAUUAAACUUGGAGAUUUUGGUAUAUCACGUUUAAUGAUGAAUACAUUAGAUAAAGCAUCAACAUUUAUUGGUACACCCUAUUAUAUGAGUCCAGAAACAUUACGAUUCGAUGGAUAUAAUAUGAAAUCAGAUAUUUGGUCAUUAGGUUGUGUACUUUAUGAAUUAAGUGUUUGUAAACGUGCUUUUGAACGAUCAAAUAUUUUACAAACAAUGGAAGCUAUUCUACGAGAAUCUCCACCAUUAUUACCAGAAAGAUUUCCAGUUAAAGUACAACAACUUUAUUUACAAAUGCUUUCAAAAGAACCAGAACAUCGACAAACAGCAGCAGAACUCUUAGAAGAAUUUAGUCAUAUUGAAUUAAAACCAACUGAUAAACAAAAAUUUUCUACGCAAUCAUCAACUUCAGAUGCUGAAUCUAAACUAUCACAUCCAGAAUUUCGUCGUUCAUUUAGUAACAGUCCACUGAUAAAUAAACAUAUUCGUAGUUCAUUACAAGUUCCAUCAUCACCAAUUCAUUCGUCAUCAUCAAUGGAUUCUGUUGAUUCAUUUGAAAAUAAUCCAGCAGGUUUACAUCAUUUCAGACAUAUCUUGGCCAAUAAACUUAUGGAAUUUUUAUUUUUAGAUGAUGUUCAAGAAACAAAUGAUAACUUUGAUCCAUUUAGUUCAACAGCAAAAGAAAUUAAAACUGAUCAUUAUCGAAGUAAAGCCCAACAAUUAGUUGGUUCAGAAAAUUUUACACAAUGUUAUAAUUAUUUACAUGAUCAACGUGAAAAACAAUCGAAAGAUCCAAGAUGUACAGAUGAUAUACUUUUAUCUGGUCUUGAAACUUUAUGUUCAAAUUCUUAUGCAUGUAAAUUAAUAAAUGAACUUGUAUUACAUGAAUGUUUAAAUGAUAUAAAUGAACGAACAAAAAACUCUUAA